ACAGAUGCUAGCUGGCUAGUUUAGCUAUUUAUGUGGACUUAAGGACAAGCUAAAGGAAACCAGUGCAAACAAAUGCAAGAGGAGAGCAAUUCACUCUGAAAAGAAGAAAGUCGUUGUCAGCCUCUCAGACGCAGAUUUAUUCCCUGUUUCUGUGGCACUGACGCUCUGAGACCAUGCAGCUGACUCUUCCCAUCCUGGCUCUUUGCCUUCUUGGCACAGUAUCCCUGGGUGAAGCACAGGGCCCAUCCACAACUGCAGCACCUGCCACAACCAGUGCCGCAGCUACUACUACUGCAGCACCUGCCACAACCGCCGCAGCUACUACUACUGCAGCACCUGCCACAAUCACAACCGCCGCAGCUACUACUACUGCAGCACCUGCCACAACCACAACCGCCGCAGCUACUACUACUGCAGCACCUGCCACAACCACAACCGCCGCAGCUACUACUACUGCAGCACCUGCCACAACCACAACCGCCGCAGCUACUACUACUGCAGCACCUGUCACAAUCACAACUACUACUACUGAAGCAACAACCACUCCUGGGCCUGUGGAAGAAGGUUCAGGGGAGCUUUCAUCUGGCGCUAUAGCUGGUAUUACUAUUGGCUCCAUUGCUGGAGUGGCUGCUGUUGGUGGUGGUAUCUUUGGCGCGCUGAAGUACACUGGGAGGAUCUGAGAAGUAUUGCCAAACAAGAAUGGUUAUGGAUUGUCAGAUAAAACAUUUACCAUCUCAAAUCAAACAGAUUAAAUCAUGACCCUUUUAACUGGACAAUGAAAAAAAGCUUAUUGUCUGAAAGGCUCAUAUCAGAAAAAAAAAAAAUAUGACAAGAUGAUAAUGACAUGAGCCAAGAGGAAGACAUAUGUCAAUUUGACUACUUUGGUAUUUUAAUUGUAAGGAAAUAAUUGUUGGUUGAUCAAUACACCUUCGUGGUAGAAAAUGUAUUUUAUAAUAUUUUCAUGUUUGUUCUUUAUUGGCAGAUAAAGUACUUUUAGUUUGAAAUAUAAAUGUCCUCUGAUAACUGUGGUAUUUUGUAUUUCAAAAUGUAGGGUACAGCUAAUAAUAAUGAGCCAGAUUUUUUUAUUAACCAUUUUUUCAGGAUUGCAGUCUAUGGUGUGUUGACCAUGUGUAGCUCCUGAGAUUUCAGAGAAAAAUAUCUGUCAUCAGACCUUAGUAGCACUUUAGUACUCCAGUAGCUAAAAAUUCAGAAGAAUACUCAGUUUUCUUAAAAAAAAAGUUACAGACAUACUUUUGAAGCUCAGUAUUUUUUGUUGAACUUUGCUAACAUUAUUUUCUUGUCAGCUGGACUUUUGAACUCAGUUCUGUAUUUGCUCAGAGGAAAUUAUUUGAAAUCACUCUAUACAUUUAAUAAUUAACUGCUUCCCAUCUUUAUCUUACUUUACUUCUGUGACAUUAUAUCAAAUCUUUAUAAUAUAACAAUAUAACAAUCACUCAAGCUGUCUGGGUAAAGUCCAGGUGUCAAUUAUACUGGUAAGUACUCCCUUGUAAACUUGAGUUGUUUGUUCAUUUUAUGAGUGCAGGUUACGGUAUACUAUCUGUGUUGUCUUAAAUUGGUGUUUGCAGCAUAUGACAAAGAAACUUUCCAUCUAAUUUCAGACAAACUGGUCUCAGCUCAGUGCUUUAAAUUGACUGAGAGCAAAAGUUAUUUUUUGUGAUCGGAAAUUAGGAGUUUUUAGAAAACAAUCCUAAAUCAAGGAUAACACUUCUCACGGUCCAGAUGGAGUUUGCUCAGUUUUGCAAGACUACAUUGACCUCUAUACAUCACUAAAGUUCCUGGCAAGGUAUAAUGGCUGCAUAGAAUGACAAAAAAUCAAGGAUUUUACUCGGCAUUGAUCAAAAUGCACUAAAAGGUCCAAAUGCUUGCUAAUAAUCAGGAAAACAUCAUACUGUUAUUUAAAAGAAUGGAUUACAGUCACAUUGUCAAAGUGUCUCAAAAUGUGUUAGCAAAUAUCUUUAUGGAAUAAAUAUACCUAAUCACA